CUGCGCUCCGAGCACCGGCAUACGAGCGACCGCUGCUGCGGCGGCUUCGCUGGAUUAAGCAUUCUCGUCUGUGGUAAGACAGACGCCUCAGCUUUUGCACACCUUCCCCACCCCCCUCCCCGGUCUCGACAUAAAAGAUGACCUCUACACCGCACGCCAACUGGCGCAUCACAGACAAGAUCGCCAAGGCAGAGCGCGAUGGCUCCAUAUGGUGGAGCUUCGAGUAUUUUCCCCCUCGGACGUCCCAAGGUCUCACAAACCUCUAUGACCGCAUCGAGCGCAUGGGCCAGCUCGGGCCUGAGUUUGUCGACAUCACCUUCCGCAUGGGCUCAGCCGAUCUGACCUACCAGCUGGUCGACACGGUGCACUCGUACAUGGGGCUUGAGACGUGCAUGCACCUCACAUGUACCAACAUGCCGCGCGCAGAGGUGGACCACGCGCUGGAUGAAGCGCGCCGGCACGGUUGCCGCAACAUCCUCGCCCUGCGUGGCGACCCGCCGCUCGGCAAGGACGAGUGGGAGGGCCACGCGGACGGAUUCACGUACGCCAAGGAGCUCGUCGAGCACAUUCGCGCCAAGCACGGCGACUACUUUGCCAUUGCCGUCGCCGGCUUCCCCGAGGGGCACAUUGAAGCCAAGGAUGGCGAGGCGAUCGAGAUGCAGCGGCUCAAGGACAAGGUUGAUGCCGGCGCCGACUUUAUCUUCACGCAGAUGUUCUACGACUACGACAUCUUUGACGACUGGGUCCGCAAGGUCCGCCGCGCAGGCAUCACCUGCCCCAUCGUCCCCGGCGUCAUGCCGAUUCAGAACUACGGCGGCUUUCAGCGCGCCGUCGCGCGCUUCCGGACCAAGGUCCCGCAGGAGUUCUAUGCGGCGCUCGAGCCGGUCAAGGACGACGACCAAAAGGUGCGCGAGGUCGGCACGCGCCUCGUCGGCGAUAUGUGCCGCCGAAUCAUCGAGAGCGAUCUCGGCAUCCACGGGCUGCACAUCUACACUAUGAAUCUCGAGCGUGGCCCACGCAUGCUGCUCGAUUACCUCGGCCUGACACCCGAUGUGGGAAAAGUGCGCCCAAUCCCCUGGACGCCGUCACUGACGCCCAAGCGGCGCGACGAGGGCAUCCGCCCGAUCUUCUGGGCGAACCGCGCCAAGUCGUAUAUCUCACGCACGGAGACCUGGGACGAAUUUCCCAAUGGCCGCUGGGGUGAUGCGCGCUCGCCUGCGUACGGUGACUUUGACGCGUACGGCGUGCAGCUGCACUGGACCCCCGAAGAGGGCCAGCAGAUGUGGGGCUCCCCGCAGAACCUCGACGACAUCCGGCGCCUGUUCUGCGACUUUUGCGCCGGCAAGGUCAAGGCGCUGCCCUGGACCGAGACAGGGAUCGCAAAGGAGACGAGCGUGAUCAACGACAAGCUCGUCCGCAUGAACCAGCUCGGCUUCCUAACCAUCAACUCGCAGCCCGCCGUCGACAGCGCAAAGAGCACCGACCCUGUGCAUGGCUGGGGCCCCAAGAAUGGCUACGUUUACCAGAAGGCCUACCUCGAGUUCUUCGUCUCGCCCGAGCAGCUCGAUGCGCUGAUCACGCGCAUCGAGUCCGACGCGCAGUUCACCUACCACGCCGUUAACGCGCGUGGGGACAUGCGCACUAACACCAACAGUGAGUCGCCCAAUGCCGUCACUUGGGGCGUCUUCCCGCACUGCGAAAUCAUCCAGCCGACGAUCGUCGAGAGCAUCUCGUUCCUUGCGUGGAAGGACGAGGCGUACCAGCUAGGGCGCGAGUGGGCCAAGAUCUACCCCGUGGACAGCGUCGCGCGCAAGGUAAUCAACGACACGUUCGACCGCUUCUUCCUCGUCAACAUCGUGCACAACGACUUUAAGCGGAAGGACGCCAUUUUUGAACCCUUCUUCGACGUUGCCAGCGCAAGCAACGGGUACCGCGGCGUCAACGGCAGCACGCAGGCCAUCAAUGACACCAGCGCGUCCCUCGUACACAAAGCACAAGGUCUCAAGGACUCGGUGCUGCCAAAGACGGGUAGCGGCAGCGCAGCGUUCAACUGAGGCGCCUCUCGAAUCUUCUCCGCCCACUCAACGUGGACUCCCCCCUCCCUGUUUCCCCGAAGAAAAAUACAUUCAGAACCGACUUUAUCAUAAUCACCCUCUAGCCUCAAGCCCCUCAGCACGCCACCGCCGUUAACGAGAACCACCAUUGCGCCUAUAAUGAGAUUCACUUCAACUUGAACGUUCUUUGUUUGCAA